UGUUGUCGCUGCGCGCCUCCCGCUCCACAGACCACGCACCACGCCCCCCAGCCGCCUAUCCGCCCACCCAGCAGCAUGGAGCAGCUGUGCUACCUGGCGCUGAGCGUCCUGCUGGCCAUCGUCGUGCUCUACGGACUCCUGGAGCUCCACUACUUCCUGCGCAUGUGCCUCUGUGUUCUGCUCGCGCGCUUCGUCAAGAGGCGCUGCCACAUCCUGGACGCCACCACGGUGAACGGACUCUGCCUCACCAACGAUGUGGACACAUUGUUGUAUCACAUGAACAACGCUCGCUAUUUCCGCGAGCUGGACUUCGCCCGCGUGGACUUUUACGAGCGGACCAAUCUGUACCGCACCAUCACGGGAAUGGGCGGUUCCGUUUUCCAGGGGGCGGCCACCAUCCGCUACCGCCGCUUUAUCCGCCCCUUCCACCGGUUCAACAUAGUCUCGCGGAUAAUUUACUGGGAUGAGCAGUCGCUGUUCAUGGAGCACCGUUUCGUGCGUCCGUCGGACAAGUUCGUGCACUGCAUCGCGAUUUGCCGCCAACGGGUGAUCGACGUGUCCAUGGAGGCGGUGAUGGCGGAACUCCUGCCCAGGACCUCCUCCAACGGAUUCCGGGCGACGUCGUCGCCUUCGCUGGCAGCGCCAUCGGCGGCGGCGGCGGUGGGUGGGAUCAGCAAUCCGGCGAUGGACACUUCGCUGGCGGAGAACGGACAUGGUUCGACCGGAGGGGCGACGGGUGCCACGCCCACAACUGCGACGGCGCACUGCCUCAAGUUGAAGCCCUCCUUGCCGCCGGAGUUGUCCAAGUGGAUCGAGUACAACGACAUGUCCAGCAAGAAUCUGCGGAGCGGCUGCUGACUGGAAUCGUUGGAAUCGCCGGAAGCGGAAGUGGAAGCGGAUGCGCGACCGGAAACGGAACCUCAACCGGAAACUCCCAUUAACCCAUUUUUUUUCUCUCGCGUGCUUGUGUGUGUGUGUGCGUGCUAAUGUAUGCUAAUGUUUAAUGUAUAAGUGUUCCCGUGGAAUGUGUAAAUUGUAAGCUAUGUAAGUGUCUGAAAAACAAAAAAAAACCCGCCCUCUUUUGGCCUUAACUAAUGUAUUGUAUAAUUACCCAGAGAUCAGCCACGCCCCUCAAGAAAAAAAAAAACAAACCCCCUGGUAGUCCACAGUGUGUAAGUUACGAUGUACAAUGAUUGUUUAGUAAAAUGAACAAGAUAAUGUAAAAAGAUUUAA